AUGUCACUGGAUAUUCUAGCGGAAUCUAUACUCCAACACAAUCCAACAACGCUUUUAAACUCACAACAACAUUCGGACGCGUCCUCCUCUUCGUUUGCUACCACUGCAACAGCUGCUACUACCACUACCAAAGCAGUUCGUCAGCAACUGGUGACUAUUUCCGCAAACAGAGCACAUACCUUUCUGGUAUCCACUGUUGGAUCAAAGCAUACCAGCCCCAAUGAAGAUUCUGAUGACCCCUUUAAGGAUAAGUCACAACAGCAACACAACUCCACUUCGAAAAUUGUCAGUCAAAAGGGGAAACACAAUUUUCUGCAUCAUAACAAGUCUUUUCUCAAAAAUCAAAAUUUGUUAAACUCAUCUGGAGUCAGAUCUCAAGAAGCUCAUACAUCGCAAUCGCAAUUUCAUCUAGGCUCAUUGCCCGGUCAACACUCACAUUCACAUUCACAUUCACAUGCACAUGCACACCACCCACAACAACAUCAGCAUCAACAUCAGCAUCAACAUCAGCAACACCAUGCCGUGUCUACAUCGCAACCACUGCGACCACCCGCCCCUUUCAAAGAAAAGACCAACGUGGCGGAGUAUCAACACGAAAUGAACGAAAACGGGGACGAGGACGAGGACGAGGUGUCGCUCGAAGUUCUUGAGGAUAUGCAUAAGCUUGAACAGCACUUUCCCGUAUUGGCCACUGAUUAUAGAUUAAUUGACAAAAUCGGUGAAGGAACAUUUUCCACCGUGUACAAGGCAGAAGCAAUCAAUGGGAAAAUUAAGCUCAAUAGUGAUGUUUGGAAAUCGCCUCCAUUGAAGAAACAAAAGACUGCUUCAGGAGACAAUUCCUCAAUGCAGGUAAUGAUCCAAAAGAAGAAAAAGAAGAACCCCAUUGUUGCGUUGAAACAAAUUUACGUCACAUCUUCCCCCAAUAGAAUAUUCAAUGAGUUGAAUCUACUCUAUAUGCUCACCGGUAACUCCAGAGUUGCACCAUUAUUGGAUGUCUUGCGCCAUCAAGAUCAAAUCUUGGCUAUUUUGCCUUACUACCAUCAUUAUGAUUUUCGUGAUUUUUUUCGUGACUUGCCUGUAAAGGGAAUCAAGAAGUACUUGUGGGAACUUUUCCAAGCUUUGGAAUAUGUUCAUAGCAAAGGCAUAAUUCAUCGUGACUUGAAACCCACUAAUUUCUUGUACGAUCCAUUCAAAGGACGUGGUGUAUUGGUUGACUUUGGAUUAGCUGAGAAACAAGUAACCACUUACCACCACUCUUUAUCAUCCAGCUCCAAUUCAUCCACCUCAUCUAGUGGUUGUCCUUGUUUGUCAAGGGAAACUCUUGUCCCCACCAACAAGUCAUUAUCCAAGAGAAUGUAUGUCAAAGGUGCAUAUCCUAAAUCUGACAAUCGACCACCCAGAAGGGCUAAUCGAGCAGGAACAAGGGGGUUUAGAGCCCCGGAAGUUUUAUUCAAAUGCACAAAUCAAACUACUCAAAUUGACGUUUGGUCAGCGGGAAUCAUUGGAUUUUCAUUAUUAACACGCAAAUUCCCCCUUUUCAAUUCACCGGAUGAUACCGAUGCCAUUUUAGAGUUGGCAUGGAUAUUUGGUUACGAUAAGUUGGUCAAAUGUGCAGAGUUGCAUGGAUGUGGGUUGGAGAUCUCCAUUGGUCAAUUGCACAAGUCUAAUGGUAAUCUAAUCAAGAUAUUGUACGACUUUUUGAAAACCGAAGUUGAUAACGAUAGUGUUCCUGAGGAUAGUGUCCUUUACGAGACUUUGAACUUGUUCAACUCAACUGGAGAUAAAUUCGUGAGACCCACUUUUGUUGAAGACCCCAACAUGUCACAAGAUGAACGGAAUAUCAUGGUUGAUGAGUUUAGAAAAGAAAUGGAAGAUUAUAAGGAUCACAAGUAUUUGAUGGAGUUGUUAUACUCGUGUUUCAAAUUGGAUCCCACUAAACGAUUGACUGCAAAGGAAAUUCUUGAAUUGCCGUUUUUCCACGAAUUGUCACCAUUGGACAAAGAUGAUGAUGUCGUAUUUUAG